AUGUCUCGCGUAUUUAAUCCUUCGCGGACCAGUUUCAAGUCCAAUUCUUGCGUGACACGGCAUGAGAAUCCUUCGUCUAUACAAAUUGGCGCGAUAGCGUCUACCUCGAAUGUUAGUUCCGGUGUUUAUAGUGAAUUGCCUCUUGUAUUAAAUGAUUAUAUUCCUGAAUCAAGUAGCGAGACUGUUCAAAAGUCCAAAGUCGUGAAACCUAGGCGAACUCUGAGGUCUAUGGACACUUCAAAGUCUCCUCCUCGAAGUGUGUUCAGGACUGCUAAAAGCGAUGAAAGACCUCGCGUGAUCAGGGUGCCCCACUCUACUCCAGCUGUGGUGAACCAUGAUAACGAGGGCUGGUCGGAGUUGCAUGUUAAGCAAUGUUUUUCCAGUAGAUCACAUUCGAAGUUAAAGGAAUUAAAAGAGGAGAUAAAGGCGUUUAGGGAGACAGAAAAGAUUAUGAAGCUUCGCAAUCGGCUUUACAAGAAAUGUGGGGUGGUGUUGGAUGAUACUGGCAAUGUGGCUGAGGACAAAGCAGUCCAGGCUGACGUAACUGAAAACGGAAAUGGAGAAAAAGACAGAACGGAGUGGAACCAUCGACAUGCCGGAGCCACUAUGCCUGACCAACAGAUGAGGCCCAAAUUAUUUCCCUACCCAGUCGAUCGAUAUUUGGUUGAGAGCAGCAGCAAGAUUGAAAUGGUUAACAUCAUAGACGACGAUGUAUGGCAUUCGGAGCCGGCACUAAGGCCCGAAGACGAAAUCAUAUUGCGAAAGUUGCAUGAUAUGCUGCAAUCAACUGCGGACGACCUGAAGCUACUUUCUGGGGAACUGUCAAAAUUCCACGAACCCCGAGUACAACUUAAAACACAACCGAUGCCGCUUGAUGAAGAAUUUAAUGAAAAAGUUCACAUAGAAGAACUUGUUAACGCAAAAUUUCAUGGUUACAAAAUAGUAGAUAAACCUGUUGGCCCACCAACAUUUCAAACAUCAGACGAAAGUAAGCCUAUUGCUCUUAAUUUAGCAAAAUCAGCACCUAGCAGUUUAACUCAACCUAAUUUCGAUGCUCGGGUUAUAGAACCGAAAAAGAAGCCAGUAAUAUAUAGAAAUUUAAGUCUGACCCGUCCUAAACUAAUAGCAAUAGACGAAAAGGUCGAAGAUAGUACAAAAAAUAAGAAACACAUUAAUAAAGCUAGAAGUAAACCGUCAAUAGUUUAUAACGAAUUUAUCUAUACACAUAUAGAACCAGAAACGACUAUUUCUACACCUCAAAUGAAAUUCACAAUACAAGAUAUGCCAAGGAUAAAUAUAAGAAGGGAAUUAAGAGAACAAAAAGUUCUACAAUUAGAUAUUAUUCCUGAUAGUAAGGAAGUCAAAGAAAUUUCCUCAAAUAGAAGUAACGUAGCUGUUGUUUCUAUGGCGCAUAAUACUGUCUCCAAACCAAAAUUUAAAACCCUUACAUCUGUAUCCAACGUGGCAAUUAACCGUCCGCAACCAAGUUGUGCCACCAAACAGCCUGCCCGUAAAAUUACCAAAAUGUCAACUUGCGAUAGCAGUGGCUCAACCAACAAUAUUAGCUCAGAUACUUUACACAAUCUUAGAACUCAAAAACGUAUUAAGGCUGUAAUAAGAUCUUCUCCUAAAAAUUCGUCUCGCACAGACCGCAAGAAAACCAAAAAGACAAUUGUUAAUAAAAAGGAAACAUAUUUGAUCGCUGACGAAUGGACAAAUAAAUUAAACGCCGUCUAUGGCCAACCUUCAACAUCAAAAAAUAGCAGAACUGCUUACAAAUCUAAAGUAAAGAAUGAGCCCCCGAAAAAAACCCACAUAUCUCCUCGUGCACCUGUAAUGCAAAGGAAACUUUUAAAUAACUCGGAAUAUAUUCCAUAUUCUCAAUUGACGCUCGGUGGUGUCAGAGUAAGCGAUAUUGAGAGGGAAAUAUCAAAUAUUCCCAACACAAACGAUGUAACUUUAGGUCCUUUACUAGACAAAAUAUUGAGUAGCCAAGAAAACAGUCCUAGAAAAUGUCAACAGAAACAGAAAAACAAAAAGAUAAUAUUUACUACAUCCGAUGAGAAUUUAUUAGAAGAAGUUUUGGAUAUACAAAGAACAGUGUCCAAAACUAUUGCUAAAACCGUUGACGUGGUUAAAACACAAGAAACCUCUCCUGAUGCAUCUAAAGAAUACAAGGAAAGCGAUGCAAAAGACAGUUACGCUGAUGAUUUUGAAGAAGAUAACUCUGAAAAUACAGAGCUGCAGGAUAGUAAAUCUCUAUCAAAUAAAUCAAAAUCCGAAACAAAAUCCAAUAAGACUAGUAAUGAUACCAGUGAUUCUGAUGUUGAUGAUGAAGAUGUUAACGCUAAUAAACGUACUACAAGUAAUUCAAAAUCCAACAUACAUGACAAAAUUUAUACAAAAGUAUCAAAUCUAUCCUUUAAAAACUCCGUUGAUGUAUUCGAGUUCGUUCACUUGGUUGCUACACAAGAGAUUGCAACACAAAGCAAUACCACUCAGAAAAUAUCACUCAAGGAAACCCAAACAUCGCCCAGAAAUGACAAGCAAACUAUGCAAUCGAUACAUAAUGAUUUAUGGCCUUCAGUUGACCCAAAUGGAGAAGUUGAGAAAAUGUUUAAGUUGGAGAAAGAGUUUAUAAAGAAACUUAUCCUAGAUGAGUAUGGCGACAUACUUGAAAAGAACAUUACUAAGCCGUCGACGUCAAAAGAUGUGGGGGAAGAAAAUAAAGAAAGGAACGUAGGUGCUUCUCAGAAAAAUACGCAGACUUCUCCCGCGCAUGUGAAAAGCGUAAUGACAUCACCCACUAGAACCAAAACAAGAACUACCUCGCCAUUUUUAUCGGUGACAGUUGACCACCAAACGAGCCCUAUGAUAAUAGUUACUAACGAACAAGAGCUGACAGUAGAAUUAGAUAACGAUGAAGAAGGCAUAUCAGUUAAUUUAUCUUCCCCGAGAUUCAAUUUACGAUUGCCGCAAACAUCUCGAGAAAUUUUAUCUAACCUGGAAGAAAGUAGUGUACCAGCCAAAGACGAACAAAAAGAUAAGUCAAUUAAAUCUAAAACUUUCAUGAAAUGUAAUAGUGUAAGCAGUUCGAGUUCAAUAGAUGGGUAUAAUUCGUCAGAAAUUAGUAGUUUAGGUGAGGUGAAUUUAAAACUUAAAAGGAAACAAAAGAAAAGAGUUGCAACAAUAUCAGAAUCUGACUCUACAUCAACAAUAUCAAAAGAUAGUUCUGAUUUAAAUUCUACAUGUAUCUUACCACUUAGAAGUGAAGGAGAAAUGAGUAUAGGACAGGUUGGCCGGAAAGCGAUUAACAAACCUACUAAAAGUGAAGGUGAGAUAAGCUUAGGGCGUUCAAAAUGACAUACAGACAAAAUGUGCUUGGUGUUCUUGGUGUAUCUGUUAAUGGUAUUGUGUAAGCAAUUGUUAUCUUAGUCAGAAUAAUUUCUUUGGAUUAGUUUCCUUUAUCUUUAUUUGCAUCUUUUUCAUUUUCACUCAACCAUGUUUAAUUAGUAAUACAUGUCCAAUUCAUAGGAGUUUUGCUUGUACUGCUAUCAUCUGAAAUAUUUAAGUUCAGUAUUGAUGCUAUGAAGGUAUCAGUAGUUUAUAUUGGUGUGUACGUUAUUAAUUAAUUAACAGUGAUUCGUUUUUUUUUUCAAGUACCUGCCUAUACCAUAGAUAUAGAAAACUUUCCCAAUCGAUAAUUUUGUAUUGCCUUUUGAAAUUUUUUAGGCAGGUGUGUGUUUAAGUACUUUCAAAUAUAUUUCUCAUGACUAGUUUUUGAGUAAGUUUUAACAUAAUUAAUAAGCACAGGACUAUCUUUAUAAUUAUAGUGAAUGAUGACAAGCAUCCAAAUUAUUAAUGUUAUUUAGAAAAUAUU